GCGGCGCCGCCGCUCUCGGGUAACGAACCCGAACGGGCGAUCUCGUGCUAGGAAGAAGAGAAGGACUACCGAGGCCCGGCGCCGGGAGAGCUGCUGGAGCCGCUGUUUAAGCAGAGCAGCUGUUCGUACAGGAUUGAAUCUUACUGGACUUACGAGGUCUGCCAUGGGAAACACAUCCGCCAGUAUCACGAGGAAAAGGAAACAGGGCAGAAAAUAAACAUCCAAGAAUACUACCUUGGGAAUAUGAUGAUGAAGACCCCAUUAUCUGAACCAGAUCAAGAAGAGAAGGAAAAGCCAAAAGAAAGCACAAAAGAGAUACCCACAAAAAACAUAGAGGGGCAGAUGACUCCAUACUAUCCUGUAGAAAUGGGAAAUGGCACACCCUGCAGCUUGAGACAAAACCUCCCCAGAUCGAGUACAGUCAUGUACAUCUGUCAUCCAGAAGCUAAACACGAGAUUCUUUCAGUAGCAGAGGUUACAACUUGUGAAUAUGAGGUGGUUAUAUUGACACCUCUGUUAUGCAACCAUCCUAAAUAUAGGUUUAGGGCUUCCCCUGUGAAUGACAUCUUUUGUCAGUCUCUGCCUGGAUCCCCACUUAAACCCCAUAAUCUGGAACAGCUGGAGAAACAGCAGGAAAUGAUGAAAAUGCCUUUAAGAAGAGCUAAAGAGGAAGAGACACCUUCAACAAAAGAAGAGAAGUUUUCUUCCAUUCAUAAGCCUGUUGCUAUUGGUAGCCAUCAACUAUUAACUGUAGGAACAACCCUCAUCUCCAAACUGACUGACGACCAACUUAUAAAGGAAUUUCUCAGUGGCUCCUACUGUUUCCACGGGGGUGUUGGCUGGUGGAAGUAUGAAUUCUGCUACGGCAAGUAUGUUCAUCAGUAUCAUGAGGACAAGGAAAGUGGCAAGACUUCUGUGGUCGUGGGUACUUGGAACAAGGAGGAACACAUUGAAUGGUCCAGAAAGAAUGCUGCUAGAACGUACUAUCUUAAAGAAGAUGGUACGCAGACAGUUAGGAUGGUGUCUCAUUUCUAUGGAAAUGGAGAUGUUUGUGACUUAACUGACAAGCCAAGGCAGGUGACAGUGAAAUUGAAAUGCAAAGAAUCUGAUUCACCUCAUGCUGUAACCAUAUAUAUGCUAGAGCCUCAUUCUUGCCAAUACAUCCUUGGGGUGGAAUCUCCUGUCAUCUGUAAAAUUUUGGAUACAGCAGAUGAAUACGGGCUCCUUUCAGUACCCAGCUAAAGAACAGCACAGUCCAUGAUGACAAAAGCCAUACCCAUCAGCAUCCCAGCUGGCCUUUUCCACAUUAACACCAUGCCUGUGAGAUGACCGACCAGUACAGAAGUGUUCAGCCAACCAGCCUCACCAGCAGAUUUCUCCGAGAUGAGGGACUCAUGAACCACUUUGUGUAUAAUUAUGUGUAUAUAAGAGGUUAUCGAUAAACUUUUAACAAUUAAAAUCUUGUCUUGCACUCCU